CUGACAGUGCAGUGUUCAAACAUGUCCUGAAGCGCCAGGACUAGUUUACAGUCUGGCGGCGCAUGGAUUGCAGUGAUUAACUUGUCAUCAGUCUGGCGGAGUAAUCUACAGUUGUUAACCUCCUGACAGCAAGUGUCGACAGCUUAGCUGACUGGAAAUUCAGGACUGCAACAACAGUUUGAUAGCUUGGCGUUCAUUAUUCCUUAUCAUUUCAACCACCAGAAGAACGAGCAAGCAAAGGAGUACCACCGAGACCAUGGAGCGAAAAAGUUUACCAGUGAAGCGCAUUCUCAACAAGACCCAGAUUUUUCGCAGCGACCUUCGCACUGAUGUGAACGCCAGUCACUCCAGAGCUGGUCGUUCCCUCCAGAACAAAGUGCAGCGGAGCAGGCACAAGCAUCUCUACGACCUUAACCAUCAGAUCAGAGUGAGACGUUUCUUCGUUGUAGACGUGAAAAAAAAAAAACAAGACUCCAUGUUGUCUCUCCUGCAGACCAAGCCUGAUUUAAACACAACACUACCAGUUCGACAAACAGCUUCCAUCUUCAAACAGCCAGUGACCAAGAUAACAAAUCACCCCAACAACAAAGUGAAGACUGACCCUCAAAAAGCUGUGGAUCAACCGAAACAACUGUUUUGGGAGAGGAAGUUGAGCGGGUUAAAUGCAUUCGAUAUCGCAGAAGAGCUGGUGAAAACUAUGGAUCUUCCAAAAGGCUUGCAGGGUGUUGGUCCUGUGUGUUCAGACAAAACGUUGCUCUCUGCCAUCGCCAGCGCCCUGCACACCAGCCCCGCACCUAUCACCGGCCAACUCACUGCUGCAGUGGAGAAAAACCCUGGCGUCUGGCUGAACACGGCACAGCCUCUCUGCAAAGCCUUUGUAGUGACUGAUGAUGACAUCAGGAAACAGGAGGAUCUGGUGCAGAAUGUGAGACGACGACUAGAGGAGGCCCUGAUGGCCGAUUCGUUGGCUCACGUAGAGGACGCCGCUGCAGAGGCAGAAGUCGACCAACUAGAGAAGAAGGUUGAGCCGCUGAUGAAGGAGGAGUCAUAACUGAGGUUCGUUGGAGAUGAAGAGUGCUGGUAAACUCAGAUAUUUAAAUGAAAGCUUUCAUGUUGAUUUUGUAUACACUGAAAAAGUCUUUCAAUUGAGACAUGCAGAUUUUUCUAACCUAAAACAAAGACUGUAGUCUUUAUCGUUGUAAAUUUUUACACCUUGUAGUGUAAUCCUUAAAGGGUGCUUUUAAGUUUCAGUUUGUUUGUUUUUUACCUCUACUAAUGUAAGGCAGCUGUGGAAGGUGCUCAGUACAAUGCAGUGUUACAUUUAGUUACCAGUUGUUCAAGCUUUUUCCUGAAGGUGCACACCUCAUAUAUGUGAAUGUUUGAUGUUUCUAUUGGUUUUCUGAAGUAUGUGAGUUUAACCGUUCUCCCACUUUAUGCUUCUUUAUAUUUACUGAUACUGUAAGAAAGUGUAUCACACUGUGUGUUUGGCUGAAAAGAAAAACUGCAGUAUUUUUUAUUAAAAACACAGCUCGUACGUGGCCGUGAAGAAGCAAACAUCUUAGUUUUUUCUGAUAAAAUUAGAACUUUUUGUUAAAACUUUUAAGGUUUCAAAGCUUAAAACAUAAUUUGUGUUAAAGUAAUUUGCUGUGUUAAUUAACCAACUACAUUAAAAUUAAAGAUCUGGAUUGUAAGACAUGAACAAAAGCUGUACAAACCAAUGUACUGUAUUUCAUUACAGAUUUCUGUCUGUGUACCACUGUUACUGUAAAAAUAAAUGCAGUUUUAUAUACUGAAUUAUGUUAA